CAUGCAGGCAGGACAGUUUAUUUCAUUCAACUGCUUCCACAUUAUGGACGGGGACAAAUGGUGGAAGAUCAAGACACGAUAGAGGCUACACUGAUGAACCUGUCAAAUGACCUUGGGAUGAGUGACAUUGUGGUACGUUCAAGAAAGAAUGGGUUUCAGUAUGAAUUUGAAAAUUGGGACGUGGAGUUUGAAUCGGACAAUGAAAAACAUUUCACUAGUGGAGAUGAAGAUGGGGUAGAAAACUGGUCUGAGCGGGACAAAUCUGAUGGAACUUACCAAGAGAGUGACCAUGAAGACGUGAGUAUGAGGUAUGUGGAGGAUGAAUUCCAUGAGGAUGAUUCAGUGCUGAGGCCUACUUUUCAUCAUAGGCAAACCAUGUAUGCAGUAGUUACCUUGACCUCGGGGGAAGUGGUGGUGGUAGCAAAAAACUGGUUGACUGAGGACAGAAAGCAAUCCUACUGGCCACCAUAUAAAUCACCUGAAAAUUUCAAAGCAGCUCUUAUGAAGAGAUCUCCACCUUUGGCUCAGUGGGAGAAAAUUGAUGUCACUUUCAAUGGAGAAUAUGGCACCUAUGCUGAUGCACAGAAAAUACAGCGAGAACUUAUUGGCUCAAAAGUUCAGAAGGAGGGGUUACCGUUUGGAGCAGUACCUCUAAAAAGAAGGAAACUACAACCAGAGAAGAGUUCAGAUUCGUUCCUAAUGCCACCUGUACCAUCCUGGCCAACUCUGAAGGCUGGGUCCAAACGUCCAGCUGCACUCCCUGGCUCCAGCUCAAAUGAUAGUCAAAACCUCUUAAAAUUGCUGAGAGAAAUCAACAACAAAGUCCAAGAAAAUUCCAACAUGCUGAAAGCAUUACUCAGCAGAUCUGACGGAUGCACAAGCAUGCCGUCAGAAACACUCCAGGCCAAACUGCCACUUAAUAGCCAUGAAGAACUUUACAUAAUUGAAAAUAAGCUCAAAGACAGGAAGACUAGGCAAACUUGCAUAGAUUACUUGUCAGGACUUGGAGGCUUUGGUGCGAAACAGAUUGUGAGAACGAUAAUGGAAGCAGUUAUGACAGUUGAUCUUGCUGAGUCAUUCAACUGGCAAGGAAGGAAAAAUAAACAAGCCAUAGGUGGUCUUGAAUUACUCAAAGUGAUCAAAGAUGCUGCACUAUACCGUGGAGUAAAUGAUGCAGACGCUGAAAAGGAAAUCAAGAACUGGCUGAGAUUCGCUGCAGAUCGGAAUGCUAGGAAGAAACUAAAAGACUUAAAAGAUAAUGACAUUGGAAACCCAACAGUAACUUCUGUCAGUGCCUCAGACAAUUCCUGUGAUACCAGGGCUGACCGGGAUACUAUGAUUCUCUCUUAUUUUUUUCCAUGACUUGAACUGAAGAAGUCCAACUGCUCUCGAAAGUCACAGUGAUUGUCAGUGACAACAAAAGCAUUGUGUACAUUAUUAUAAUAUGAAUAAUUUUAACACUUAUCUAUUGAAUCAAAGUGAUAUCUGUCAUGUAAAAGAAGAGAAAAUUACUGUUGUAUGUGUAAUCUUGUUCGGAUUAAACAAAAACUGUCUAUUACAUCUUUAUGUACAAUAUAUAUCACCACUGUCAAAAAAAAAUCUAUUUUUUUUACUUUUAUUUUUCUAUAUCAUUAGAGAAAAUCAGCUGCCAUUUACAUUGUGUGGAAUUUCAUGAUGAAU